ACUGACAGCGUUGUCGUGCUGUUAUCUCUGUGGCGCACUAAGCUGCACUUAAAAGUUCUUUUGCAAUUUUAUUUAAUUAUUUACUCGUCUAUUAAUAUAAUAAAAGGUCACGUCAACAUCGCGGUGGCUUGUGGGUAAAUUUUCCGAGCGAAGUCUAGUUAAGUCCGCAACGCGUGAGGCCGCUCUGGAAGACCUGGACGGCCGUCAGCACUCGCGGACUUCCCGGGAACGCGCCCGUACACUCCGCGGGUCUGCGAGUGCCGCAAAGUGCGGACAUUUGGAUUCAGCCUUAAAUGUGGAACUCGGGUUUACUUACCAUCAGGAAACUCCGGUGUCGCUGUGCUUUAACUAAACCGGCGACGUGAUCAGAAAAAGGCUGCUCGAACUCAAGCUUACCGCAUCCUAAGUGUACGUGAAGUCUGACGAUGGGUUUCUGGCAGCCAAUGACUUACCUUAGAGAUUAUGUGUCCCAGCAUCCUCCAGGGGUGACAUUUUUCCUGUGUCUGCUGAGUCUGGCCAUCUCCUUCAUCUGCCUGAGCUCUUACAGCUACACUCACACUCUGCCUAACCCUGACACAGCAAAGGACUGGAACCAUCUACUGUCCUCCUUAUCACAGUUCCAGCUGUGUAUGAAAACCAGCACUAAUUCAUCUGAGCUUGUCUCAUCAGUUCCCUAUCCUCUGAUGGAGAAGGAACAGGACAGAGAGACUCCAGUUAGCUCUACAAAGACUUCUUCUCCUGUCACCCAUUUGCAUCUCAAGGUCCCUCUGGCUGUGACUGCCAGCUCAACCAGUGGCUCUCUGAAAGGCCUAGGUCUAUACACUACCUUGAGAGCCAGUCAGCUACAUCUUGGAGGCAAUGAGAUUGUUAAUGUGACUCUAGAGUUUCUGUCUGGAGAUAGUACGCACACAUGCCUCACCAUUAGUGCCCCAACACACGUCCUGCCCUUGAGCCUACUUCCUCCGGAGUGUCCUGCAUAUGAGAAAUAUAUUUCAUCCGUCCAUGUGGAAGUGAGCAACCAGCUGCCUACAGCAUCACAAACCUGCUAUAGUUUACACUCCAAGAAUGACCCCACACUCACUGUCAUGUUAACACAGGAGGAGCGGAGUGUGGCAGUGCGUCAUCUGUUGGAAGUCAGUGUAUGUCUGCUGGGAGUUUGUUUGAUACUCUGUUUAACUGCAAGUCUCACACAUUCACUCAUACGCCACCACCCCUGGAAUGGACUGGAUCUAAAAAAUGUCCCAUUGAUUGACACCUGAAGAUUUUUCAUCCUCUGGAUCUUGAAGAGAUCAGUUAGUGGUUGAGAGAGAGAAGAGCCAUAUGUAUUGCUGCUUUUAAAGGGGCAAACUUUAUGAACGUGCAAUACUAAAUGAGUGGAGCAUCCCUGUUAUAUCAGACUGAAAUUUUAUACAAUACCUGAGUGAGAAAUAUGGUUGUGAUCAAUAAGGAGUUUAUUUUGUAUUUGGACCAUGGUGUAAUGGGAACAACUCUUCAUCUAGUAAUGCCUACAAAGUUUACUGGCCAUACAUUCACUCUCCAGUCUGUUAUGUACAGUGCAAUCCAGGAGUUAUUUGCUUUCUUAAUUGCCUUGUCUACUUCAGUUCCCACAUUUCCCAGGAUUAUUCUUGGUAAUUUUUAGAAAAUGGACAUUACCUGGUUGCAUUCAACUGAGUGAAGGUUUAAUAUACUGAGAAUAAGUGUUUUUCCAGUUAAAAUUCUAAAUUUAAUAUUGUUUUAAACUGAAAAUAGUAGUAUAAUAUACUGUUUUCCUAUCAGCAGGUGUACUAGGCUAAUUUGCAUUGGCUUUACCACUUUAAUUUACAUGUCUGACAUUGAAAGCUCAUUGAACCUAGAUGCCAGAUCUACAGAUCCACAGUUUAAGUAUUCUUGCAUCGACCUACUAAACAGUCUGAUGAAUCAUGACUUGCAUAGCAGUAGAAACUUUAAGAAGUGAGUGUUGAAGAAACACUGGAAUGUUUCUAGCUCUUGCAAGAAAUUGUUGCUUCAAUUUCUAAGCAAGAGAUGGCAUGUAAGGGAGAAAAAAAGAACAUGGGUGCAAAAUCUGUUGAAGUUCAUAUGACACAAUUUUUCAUAUUUGUUAAAUAACAAAGAGUUAUCGGCAAAUUAAGCAAAGUAAAGUGUGUCCAUGGCAGUGACUAGUGUUAUGAACUGACUUGUCCUCCAGGAACAGUGAAUUACUGAAUCUGUCCAGGAUUUUCUGCAAUAACAACAGGGGAAACGGGAUUACUGUCAAGAAGGCAUCCUGUUUUCAAAAACAAUGUACCUAAUUUAAGCAGGAAUUAAACAUUAAUGGUGUGAAAUACAAAUACUAGUUUUCUAUUGUGAAUGUGACUGGAGUUAAUGGACUUUUCAUGGAGUGGCUUUUUGCAAGUAACUCAAGAGCUGUUUCAUUUGGGGUUCUGCCAAGUGAAGGAAAGAUACUGAUGUAAUACUUUAGUCUUUACUUGAUGCACACAUACACAAUAUACUGGUAAUAAAAAAACAUUUAUAUUGACUGGUCUGAAUGACAAUGAACCGUUCAUUACUGACAUGGCGUCAUCAGUUUUUAGUGGAGCCUAGGAGCAGCUAUUGCAGUGGGAGGGAAUUUUCAUGUAUGGUUUUAAUUUUUUUCUUUUAAAAGCCCAGAACAAUUAAAAAAAAAAAAAAACAUACCUUACGUAACUGUUAAGCUUUUCCAAAUAACAUAUUUUUUAGUAUUUGAAUGUUGUUUUCCUGACUUUGUGGAAGCCCAGUUCUUUUCAGUGCAGUUUGGAAAUCAACUUGCAGAGAAAUGUUUCAAAGCUACCAUGGUGUGUAGAAAUAAACAAAAGGACGGACCCACAGCCAAAAAAUUAAACAAAGGAUUGAAAAUUGAUCAACAACUAAGG